AUGCAUGAAGUUUUUAUGAGCAUGGCAUUUGAACAAGCCGUCAAGGCAUUCGAACUGCAGGAGGUUCCUGUUGGAUGUGUAGUUGUCAAAGACAACAAGAUCGUAUCUUCUUCACACAACAUGACCAAUGCCAACAAAUCUCCUCUUGAACAUGCUGAAGUUCUUUGCAUCCGGAGUACAGACUGUUCAAACAGUACAUUUUACAUUACAUGCGAGCCUUGCAUAAUGUGCAUGGGAAUAAUAUCAAGACUAAGCAACGUAAAAGUAUACUACGGAUGCAAAAACGAAGUAUUUGGAAGUAAAACCAUAUGUGGUAUUGGAGAUAACACAGUAUAUAUCCCAGACGAGCGCUGCUUCAAGAUUCUGCAGAAAUUUUAUACAAGAGAAAACAUAUUUGCACCUGAAGAAAAGAGAAAAGUAAAAUAG